AUGGCUGAGUAUUAACCAUAAGCAAUUGUUUAAUAACCUGCUCUUUAUGGAGCGCCUCAAACUUUAGCAGGUUAGCCUCAAUUCGUUAGACCAAUUAUGUUGGGAAAUUCAAUUAACUAAUAAUAAAUAGUAACAAAUUAGAACUUGAGUUAAAGUGGAUUCUAUUAAGGAGGUGGAGUUUUAGUUAAUCAACCAGUUUUAGGUGCAUCUGCAAUAAGUUCUAACAUAGUCUCCACUGGAUAAGCUGUUAAAGGAGAGUCAAGAAUUGAGUACAUUCCUUAUGAAAAGACUAUAAUGGAAUAUGAGGAAGUACGAAGAUAAAUUCAGGUGCCUGUAACAAGACAAAUUACUGAAUAUUAAGCUAUUUAAUAUGAAACUGAAUAUAUUCCUUAAGUAAUCUAAGAAAAAGUGAUUGAAUACGUACCAGUAGAAAAGGUCGCUGAAAGAGUUGAAUACUAAACAGUUACAAGAUAAAAUAUGUUUUAAAACUCUGUACAACAAGUACAGUAAACAUAAUUUUAACCAGUUGUGACAACUCAAACAUACUAAACAGCCACUCCUAUUGUCUAAACUGUCUAAUAGCCUGUAGUCACAUAAGUAACUUAACCAGUUGUCUAAAAAUAAAUCAUUUAGAAUGUUCCUUAAACCCAAUAUACUACAUAUCAAUAGCCAAUCACUACCUAAUAUAUUUAGCAACCUCUAUCUGUUUAAAAUACGAUACCAGUCCCAGUCUAUUAAACAUCAAGUCCAAGAGUUAGAUAAGCUUCUCAAAUUGUAUAAGCUCCUGCUCAAAUAACUACAGCUUAUCCCUAAACCCCAGUUCUUUAUCAAGCAUCCCAAACUCGAGUGGGAGCUCCUGUUGCCUAAACAUAGCCUCUAGUCUAUGGUUAUCAACCAUAAGGACAAUAAUUAAUUGCCUAACAAGGACAUCAGGCACCUACUCAACCUCCUUAGAUUAGUCAACUACCGUAGUAACAAUAAGUUAGUCAAGUCCCACCAACCUUACAAUAGUAAUAACAACCGCAAUAACAAAAGCCAUAAUAACAAUAGCCAGUCGCUAACUAACAAUAAUAGAAAUAGGAUAAAGGAUUUUUGGCCAAAUUAUUCGAUUGAAAAUAUAUCAUAGUGCAUUAUAAAAUAAUUAUAAAAUUUUUAA